AUGGCCGCCGGAAAAUCAUCUUCAAGCCUUCAAAACCCGGGCGAUCGCAACGUGAAGAAUGUCGUACUUGGUGACCUGCUAUUCAAGCCGUGGUACCAGUCAAUCUACCCGGAGGACCUGGUCGCCAAGGAUGCCGAAUACCUCUAUGUUUGUCGCUGGUGUUUCAGAUAUUCUUGCGAUAAAGUUGCAUUUGCAGAACACACACGGGCCUGUGUCCAUCGCACAACGCCGCCCGGUACCAAAGUAUACGAGCAUGGUGGGUACGCUGUUUGGGAGGUAGACGGCGAGGACCACAAGCUCUUCGGACAGAACCUGUCCCUGUUUGCCAAACUCUUCCUUGAUCAUAAGACGGUCUUUUUCGACGUUGCAACCUUCCUUUACUACAUACUCACCUUUACCGACCCGGACAAUCCCGAUAAUUACCACGUCCUGGGCUUUUUCUCAAAGGAAAAGCUCUCCUGGGACUCAAACAAUCUCGCGUGUAUCUGUGUCUUCCCGCCAUAUCAGCAUAGGCAACUUGGAAAGCUUCUGAUGGGGGUGAGCUACAAGCUUAGUGGAUGGGAAUAUGCUGGUGGAUAUAUAGGAGGACCAGAGAAACCUCUCAGUGACUUGGGCCAGAAAAGCUACAAUCGCUUCUGGGCCGAGCGGAUUGCGCGAUACUUGCUGUGUGGCAAGCGCAAAUCUGGAGCGGAGCACCAAAAGGCUCCAAAACCCUCACCGUCGAAAGCUUCGCGGAAAAAGCCCCCUCGCGAGUACAUGACUGUCGAGGAGAUCGGUCAAGCUACAGGAAUGCUGACUGAAGAUGUGAUCACCGCCGUGAAAAGCAUGGGCGUUAUUCGACCUGAUACAACUCCCAAGAAGCGCAAAUUGAGUCGUCUGAUGGGCGAUGACGAACCAAAGGAGAGUCCGAAAAUUGUCAUUCACAAAGCCGAUAUCUGGGAAUGGGCAAAGACUCAUCACUUAUCACUUGAAGAUCCGGUCAGAGAUGACGGGUUUGUGGUAGAAUUCCCUUCUGUUGCCGUCUCUGAAGGCACCGAUGAUGCAUCAGAGGAGAAGGAGGAUGAGUAA